CUUUCCCCGAAUUUCGCGAAGAGCUCGUUCAGAGGGACCAUGGCUGCUCCCAUCUUCCGAGCGUCUCUCAAGUCUACGCCGGCCAACGGCCACUCUGUGUUUAUACCGCAGAUACGCAAGCUCGUCUUCGAGUACUGCGACAAAUGGCCCUCGUCGCACAACACCCGCACCUUCCUUGAGACGCGCGUAGAGGACCUCGCGCGGGCGAACCCGCACGUCGAGAUUGUGCUGAAGCAACGGAGUAUGAAGGAGCCUAUAGUGAGGGGGUUCUACAUGAAUGGCCGUGACAAGGUCAUCGCGUUGAAUAAAUGCGAAGUCCACGAUGUCGGGAAGAAGGUUCAGCUCCUGUUGGACUCGUCAGGAGCGAAGAUAAAACCUCUCAAGCGACGUAUCGUGGAAAGUCAAACAGAGGCGGCUAGGGGUAUCUGGAGCGGGCUGCAUGUGGACGAGCCGUUCCGAAUAUGACCUGCCGGCGUUCAGUAUAGCGGCUAUCCGCUGCGAGCCAAGCUGUCCUGUAUUAUCGUACAUCCCGUUGUCUUCACGAAGCUCUGGCUGGUGGUACGGACGAGUUGAAUGACAUUCACAUUAAUACAUCC